AUGUCAAUCGCACCCAUAUACUCGACUGCCGAUGCAGGCCCGAUAUCUGGUCUUGCGAAUAGUGCGGUGAAACGAGACUGCUUUGAGGAUUCACGUGAUAGCUCUAUCGCUCAGCUCUUCCGCGAGGAGCUCUAUCCUCUUCCUCCCCCGAACAAUCUGCCCCCAAGACCUCUCAACCCAACAGAAACUGCGCGCGUGGACAACCUCAGCCGGCUACAAUUUUUUCUGGCCACGGCGCCGACUCAGUGGAGCGAUCCUCAGCCAGACCUCUCUCCAUCUUUGAAUAAGUUUUCGUUGCCUAACGGAGAGUGUGUUGCAUGCGUCUUAUGGCGAGGUCUUUUCCAUAUAACUGGCACAGAUAUUGUUCGAGCUUUGGCUUUCCGAUUUGAGGCGUUUGGUAGACCGGUACGUGCAACAAAAAAAUGGGAAGAAGGUGUCUUUUCCGACCUGCGGAACCUCAAGCCAGGAACGGAUGCUGCUUUAGAAGAGCCUAAAUCCCCAUUGCUAGAGUUUCUGUUUCGUCAUGGUUGUAUUCGAACUCAGAAGAAACAAAAAGUUUUUUACUGGUUUUCCGUGCCACAUGAUCGUCUAUUUCUUGAUGCUCUCGAAAGAGACUUAAAACGAGAGAAAGCUGGACAAGAGCCGACGUCCGUGGUGAAUGGCGAGCCAGCUAUGAGCUUCCGGUACGACCCUCGAAUAUCCUUGUACGAGCAAUUUGCUGGGAAAAAUCCUGGAUUGAUAUCCUCGGCGCUACCAAGUUUGCCAUCUGCAUUAAGAUCAACCUCAGCGGAGCAAGGCCUUUUAGGUUUGGGUAUGGAUGUACAAGGCAUCGCUGCGUCCUCGCUGAAUAUAUUCGAAACGUACACUGAACCUCCUGUUUUGUCUCAACAAAUCAAUGAGAUUGUUGUGCCACCUGCUCUCACUCCAGCAAAUGACCUGAGGAUUUUCAAGACAUCUAUUUUGCCUGGCAGCUCCGAUUACAAGCAACGUCGUCGUAGUUCCCGCCGCCCUUUUUCUUCCACUCCUCAAUUAAGCCAACAAAUGGAUCCAGCAAUCGCGGCAUCAGUGAUCAACUCGAACGACAUGGUCAGCUUGCCUAGGGCUUGGACCUCAUCUCCGCGAAUCACGUCUACAGUCGGGGAUCUGAACGGUGAGUCAUUCCAUUCUCACAUAGACAUCAUCGUACCUGUGAUCGAAUGUGGUUCUGAGUCAUAUCUACCGUGA